AUGUCGGCCUUCGCGAAGCUCAAGGCGAUAGAUUUCUACAGGAAGAUCCCUCGGGAUCUCACCGAGGCUUCGUUCUCCGGUGCGAGUCUGUCGAUCGUAGCCGCGACCACCAUGAUCUUCCUCUUCAUCGCGGAACUGAACAGCUUCCUCAAGGUCUCCACUACGACGCAAGUCAUCGUGGAUCAGAGCCAGAACGGCGAGCUGCUUCGGAUAAACUUCAACUUCAGUUUCCCGGCGCUGUCGUGUGAGUUCGCGUCAGUCGACGUCACCGACGUGCUCGGAACUGCGCGGUACAAUCUGAGCAAGACUGUCCGCAAGUAUCCCAUUGACGCGGCGGGCAACUGGGUGGGGCCAGAGCACCACCCCGACCCGCUGCCGGUGCCGGAGAAGCAUGGAGAGGACAGCAACGAGACGACGGAGGAGGUGCACCAGAAGAUGGCGGAGGACGGGCAUGAGUACGUGGGCUCGCUCGUGCUCAACAAAGACAACUUCGACCACUUUGCCCACGAAUACCAGAUUCUUGUGGUCAACUUCUUUGCCCCCUGGUGCCCCUGGUGCCAGAGACUGGAGCCUGCAUGGGAGAAGGCUGCGACGGUCCUCAAUCGCAAGUACCAUCCUGACUACGAUGGUCGCAUCCGCUUUGCCAAAAUCGACUGUACCAUCUACCAGGACGUGUGCCGAGAUAACCACAUUCAGGGCUUCCCAUCCAUCCGCAUCUUCCGCAAGGGCAUGGACCUCCGCAUGCAUGGAGAGCACGGGGAGCAUGACCACGAGUCAUACUAUGGCGAGCGAGACGCCGAGUCACUCGUGGCGUUUGCGGAGUCCCUGGUGCCAUCAGCCACGGUGGGGCGCCCCACAGCAGCGGAGGACAGCCAUCAGCAUGUCAAGCGCCGCGCCCCGAAAUCUGGCGGGUGCAACAUUGAGGGCUUCGUGCUCGUCAAGAAGGUGCCGGGCAAUUUGAUGAUAACAGCGCACUCCACGGCGCACUCGUUUGACGCCGCCACCAUGAACAUGACGCACUCCAUCCACCGCUUCUCCUUCGGCCGCCAGCUCACCCGCCGCAAGCAGGAGCUGGUGGCGCGGCUCCGCCCCUAUGUGCCUGCCCCUGUGGGACGGCUGGAGGGGCACUCGUUCCACUCCAACCACGACAACGUCACUCACGAGCACUUUAUGCAGAUAGUGUUGACGGAGGUGCAUCCCUUGGGAGUAUCCCGCAAGGACAGCUCGCUGCACUCAUACGACUACACUGCCCACAGCCACACGCUGCAGGCACCCACCGUGCCCGUCUCCCGCUUCCACUACGAGCUUUCGCCCAUGCAGGUUCUCAUUGUGGAAACAAGGCGUCCGUUCUUCCACUUCAUCACAAACCUCUGUGCUAUCAUUGGCGGUGUCUUCACGGUUGCCGGGAUAAUCGAUGGGAUGUUCCACAAUGCACUUAGUAUGCUAAAGAAGGUGGAGCUUGGGAAGCAUCGCCACGAUAUGGCCGCAGUAGGGGUGUCAGAUGCCGUCAGGUCGCCUGUCGCGUCGCCUCUCACGUCGCUCCGUUCCGACUCGCGUGCAUCGGCUAGCCGCGUGGGGUUCUCCCAGGGGUCGCUGCUCCAGGGUCAGAGACUUGCGAUUUCGCAACGGAGCUGCGAAGGUCGCGAGCGUGUCGCGAGAGGUGUCGCACGCGCUGCGAUGAGGGACAUUCCGAAGCAGUUUCAGGAGAGGCACUUGAAGGAAGGAUUGAUGGAGAAUUUCCGCAACGUGCCGGCGUCGCUGUACGGGUUGAACUCCACGCAGAUGAGCAUGCUCAUGACAGAGGACAGCCCUGUAUCGCGGAUAUCCCAAUCCGUUACCGAGGCGAGCAUCUCCUCAGCGGCGCACUACCGCAACGGCACGGGCAUGUGGUCGCUGCCGGGCCUGGAGAACUCCGCGGCGCGGCUGAGCAUGAGCGUGAGCAUGUACCGCGGGCUGGGGGGCGCCGGCCGCCCCAAGACCGCGCCGCCCGACCUGCCGUCGCUGCUGCUGGACGCGCGCAUCUGCUACCUGGGCAUGCCCAUCGUCCCAGCUGUCACGGAGCUGAUAGUGGCGGAGCUGCUGUGGCUGGACUACGACAACCCAUCCAAACCCAUCUACUUCUACAUCAACUCCUCUGGCACUCAAAACGACAAGCGCGAGAGCGUGGGGUUUGAGACUGAGGCCUAUGCCAUCGCUGAUACCAUGAACUACGUCAAGUCCAAGGUCUACACGGUGAACUGCGGGCAGGCAUUUGGGCAGGCGGCCAUGCUGCUGGCCAUCGGAGACAAGGGCCACAGGGCCGUGCAACCCCACGCUGUCACCAAGCUCUAUGCACCCAGAGCGAGCCAAUCAAGCGGGGCUGCCAUUGACAUGUGGAUCAAGGCCAAGGAGCUUGACGCCAACACCGACUACUAUAUCGAGCUGCUGGCUCGGGGCACGGGCAAGUCACGGGACGAGCUGUACCGCGAUGUGAUGCGCCCCAAGUACCUGCGCGGGCAGGAGGCCAUUGACUAUGGCGUGUGCGACAAGAUCAUUGAGCCACGCGGCGUUCAGAUGGAGAAGAAGAACUAUGACGAGCUGAUGAUGCAGGCUAAGGCCAUGCGUGCAAGGGGUGGCCGUCCAGGGGCUCCCCAGACUGCUGCUCCUGCUGGUGGUGGGGGCGCUCCUCGCUAG